AUGGUCAAGCCUCAAUUAUACCAAUUGUCGGUGGGCGCCGCAUUUGACGGUUUGAGCCCACAGGAAAAGCUCUAUGCUCAUCACAUGGCGAAGGCUGCUUGGAAUGGCACGCGAAUCAUCCUCCGUCAAGUAUCACCCGAGGCCAAUGGCAUUUUCGACUUUAUAAUGGCCCUUUACCAUAGCUGUGACGGGAAUUGGGAACAACUUGCCACAGAAACUGGGGUCAGCGUUCAAGAACUAGAGAAUUUCUUGAACUAUGCCGCGACUUUCCUAUCCAAUGUUGGCAAUUACUUUGGAUCUGGUGACCAGAAAUUUACGCCUGAUGUAUCCGAGGAGGCUCUUACCUCUCUAGCAUCAGUAUCUUCGUCGGCGACCCUCUUCCGAGCAGUUUGGGGUUUGGGCCACCCUGGACCCUUAACCCAGUCAUCAUAUUAUUUGGGUGAGGACCGCCUUGAGUCUUCAGAGGAUAUUGCCACGAUAUCAAAACUGAUGGAGGAUCAAUCAAUCUUGCCUGAAAAUACUCGACUAAAGGCAUAUCAAGAUUCUGAUACUCGUUGCUAUGAUAUUAUGCAAGCAUCUGUUGUGGAAGACAAGGUGGCAUUGGGAGGAUUUGCCAUCCCAUACGCAUCAAAUGCUGCUCAAGUGGAAAUGUUGCGGCAGAUAAUUGAUAGCUUCCAGACUGGAAGCCUCGAAGCAUACCGCGAAUCACUGAGGAUAUGGGUGAAUGACAAGGCCCCUCCGGUUGAAACAGUCAUAGGCUUUGUCGAGCCAUAUCGCGAUCCAUUAGGUGUUCGUGCAGAGUUUGAAGAGAUAGUCGGAAUACCGGAUGCUGCCGAAACCAAGAUAUUGAAUACACUCGCAACCAAAGCGAAUCAAUUGGUCUACAAACUUCCCUGGGUUAAAGGUACCGGUGACAGCAAGGGCCCUUACGAAAAGGAAUUAUUUGAGCCACCUGAUUUCUCAAGCAUCAACAGUCUUGUAUACUGCUCGAGUAUCAUUUUCCCAGGAAUCAACCUUCCAAACUAUAAUGACAUUCGACAAGAUACAGGUUACAAAAACAUCAUCUUCAGUAACCGCAUGGUGUCUGAGAGUAGUCGAUCUCGCGGGUUACACAUGGUGGACGCAUCAGAACAAGACACUUUCAAGAAGCAUCGGUUCCAUGCCUACUACAUCUGGGUCGUGCUGCAUGAAAUCCUCGGGCAUGGCACGGGAAGGUUUUUGACUGAAUCUUCUGAUGGUGUUCCCAGUUUCGACAUGGAAAAUCCACCCCUGGAUCCCUUUACUGGAAACCCCGUGGAAAGCUGGUAUCGGGCUGGGCAAACAUGGACGGGGGUGUUCAAUGACCUUGCAACAACGGUGGAUGAAUGCAGAGCAGAACUCGUCGGCGCUUACUUGAUCGACGAUCUCGAAAUAUUGAGCAUUUUUGACUACACAGGCCAAAGCGAGGUCAAGCCUGAUGACAUCGCCUACAACAUGUAUCUUCAGCUGGGCGUCGAUGGACUUCGAGGCCUUGAGAAUUACGAUCCCACGACCCAAAAUUGGGGACAAGCACAUAGUCGAGCACACUAUGCCAUGUUUCGGCACCUCCUCCGCGACAGUGGCGGUCUCUAUAGCGUUACGAGCAAUCUGGAGAAGAAUAGCUUGACGGUCAAAGUUGACCGAUCGCGAGUAAUCUCUCAUGGCAAACCAUCACUGGGUCGCAUGCUCCUGAAACUUCAUAUCUAUCGUUGCACCGCUGACGUCUCCAACUGUCGCCGUUUCUAUGAGGAUUUAUCGCAUGUUGACGAUGAAGCUCUGAAAUGGAGAGAUAUUGUUGUCUCCAAGAAGGAUCCUCCUCUGGUGUUUAGCCAGGCUAAUACUUACCUUGUCGGUGAUGAUGUAAAGAUAAAGGAGUACGAACCCACAGCUCGAGGAGUUGUGCAAAGCUGGGCGGAAAGAAGUAUUGAAUAG